AUGGAUUUGACGUGGUUGAGUGCGCUAAUUGUUGGAGCUGCACUUGGAUUCUGCAUUGGCACUCGUCGUUCCAAACCUGUGGUGGCUGUUGAUGGAGAUAGCAAAUUGAUCUCAACAAAGGGUCUUCUCGAGAUCGAGAAACUCGCUGAUAUUCUCGAUGAUUUCAAAAUGGUUUUGGUUGUGAGGAAUGAUCUUAAAAUGGGUAAAGGAAAGAUUGCAGCACAAUGCAGUCAUGCAACUCUAGGUUUAUACAAAAAGCUCGUUCGUCGGGCGCCAAAAGCAUUGGACUGCUGGGAGGAAUGUGCACAGCCAAAAGUUGUUCUGAAAAUCGAGGGCGAGGACGAGAUGCUAGAAUUGCAAGAGAGAGCUAAAUCCCUUAAACUGCCUACCCAUAUCACCAUCGAUGCUGGAAGAACGCAGAUCGCUCCAAAUUCAAGGACAGUUAUGGCUAUUCUUGGACCAGUCCAAGUUGUUGAUGAAGUAACAGGUGGUCUAAAGCUUCUGUAG